GCGGCGUGCGCGCUCUUCCCGGCAGCGGCGCAGGUAUAAAAGUCACAAAUGUCGUCAAAUGAUGGAAGGUCCAGGAAUCGGGACAGACAUUAUGAUGAAGUCCCAAGGGACAGGGACUCACCCUAUCAAGACGGCACCAUAGGAACCCUCCAGACUCUUCGUGACAGUGAGCUGGCUGUGAGCGCUGAUCCCUUGCCACCACCCCCUCUCCCAUUACAGCCACCAUUCGGCCCCGACUUCUACUCAAGUGACACAGAGGAACCGGCCAUAGCCCCAGAUCUCAAACCUGUAAGGCGCUUUGUCCCUGAGUCCUGGAAGAAAUUCUUCAGAGGGAAGAAAAAGGACCCAGGAUGGGAUAAGCCAGUGUCUGACAUCAGAUACAUCUCGGAUGGAGUGCAGUGUUCACCUCCAGCCUCUCCAGCAAGACCAAACCACCGCUCACCCCUCAACUCCUACAAAGAUCCUUGCGGAGGGUCAGAAGGAACCUUUAAUUCCCAGAAGGAGGCUGAGGCCAUGUUUCACCAUGAUCCCUACAGUUCCCUCGGCCGACACACACAGACAGCCCAAACGUACAGUGAGAAGGUGGAAGAGUAUAACCUGAGGUAUUCCUACAUGAAGUCGUGGGCAGGCCUGCUGCGAAUUCUGGGUGUGGUGGAGCUGCUUUUGGGAGCUGGCGUCUUUGCUUGUGUCACAGCUUACAUUUACAAGGACAGCGAGUGGUAUAACCUGUUUGGAUAUUCACAGCCCUAUGGCAUGGGAGGCAUUGGUGGCCUGGGCAGCACGUACGGGGGCUAUUAUUACAGUGGCCCCAAAACCCCUUUUGUACUCGUGGUUGCUGGAUUAGCUUGGAUCGCCACCGUUAUUAUUUUGGUUCUUGGCAUGUCCAUGUAUUAUCGGACCAUUCUUUUGGAUUCUAAUUGGUGGCCUCUAACUGAAUUUGGAAUUAACGUUGCCUUGUUUAUUUUGUAUAUGGCUGCAGCCAUAGUCUAUGUGAAUGAUACCAACCGAGGUGGACUCUGCUACUAUCCGUUAUUUAAUACUCCAAUGAAUGCGGUGUUCUGCCGCGUGGAAGGAGGACAGAUAGCAGCGAUGAUCUUCCUGUUUGUCACCAUGAUCGUUUAUCUCAUUAGUGCUUUGGUUUGCCUAAAGUUGUGGAGGCACGAGGCAGCUCGGAGACACAGGGAGUGGAUGGAACAUCAGGAGAUAAGUGAGCCAUCAUUGCCAUCCAAAAGGAAAAUGUGUGAUAUGGCCACUGGUGGUGAUAGACAGAGAGACCAAGAAGUUAAUGUCAAAGAAUUGAGACCAACAAAAAUGAAACCCGAACUUCUGAGUGGGCACAUCCCUGCAGGCCACAUCCCUAAACCUAUCGUGAUGCCUGACUAUGUCGCAAAAUACCCUGUGAUUCAGACGGAAGAUGAACGAGAACGCUACAAAGCUGUGUUCCAAGACCAGUUUUCAGAGUAUAAAGAGCUCUCUGCAGAAGUCCAGGCCGUCUUGAGGAAGUUCGAUGAGCUGGAUGCAGUGAUGAGCAGAUUGCCUCGUUGUUCAGAAAACCAGCAGGAACGUGAGAGAAUUUCAAGAAUCCAUGAAGAGUUUAAGAAAAAAAAGAAUGAUCCCACAUUUCUGGAAAAAAAAGAACGCUGUGAUUAUCUGAAGAAUAAACUUUCUCACAUAAAGCAAAGAAUUCAAGAAUAUGAUAAAGUAAUGAACUGGAAUGUGCAAGGUUAUUCUUAAACCUUAUUUGAAACCACUUUUUUAAUGUUAAACUUAAUAUUUAUUUACUGUUUUUUCCAUGCUAGUCUGUGAUAGAGAAGCAUGUGCUUUCUGCAUGGGCUUCUUGUUGGUUUAGCUGGUCUGCCAUACUAUGAUAGUAUGACUUCACUUCAAGCAUUUCAAAAUAAGUCCAGAUUUACCAAGGACUUACUCAGAAUGGAAGAAAUGCUGUGUCCAUCUGUGUACAGUUUAUAUUUAACCUGUUAGAGGUAAAAGUUGUUUAGAGGUCUUAUCCUCACAGUGUGAUGAG